UCAGAAUCUCACUCUUUCAACCACCAACUGCUCAGAUGGAGCAGAACUUCUUCUUCGUGGACGGCUUAAACGCCGACAAGAGCUCAAAAAGGCUCAUGCGACAGCAUGUAAUGAAGGGUAAGAAUGCAGGCAAAACAUUCCAUCGACCAUCGCGAACAAAUCAAGUUGUUCAGCACCGACCAAUGGAAAGAAUCCCUAGACCGCUCGCAACACAGUUCUUCAGCUUCCCAUUUCCAGUACCAGUCACAAAGGUUGCUGGUAAGGCGAUAGAUGAUUUCUUCAACGUGACAAUCGGACUCGUCUAUCCUUUCCAGCUCGGCUUUUCCCUCGAGAAGGACAAGGUCAAAUGGCUCGAGAUCAUGUUUCACGAUAAAGGAUCCUACGACUGUUCUCUGGCUCUCAUUCAAGCGUCGAACGAGAUAUAUCUCGGCAUAGGCUACAAUUGCACCAACUCACUCGCUUGUAUAUCUCGGACUCUCGAUCAGUUGAAGGCGAGACUGAAUAGCAAAGAAGCUUUGUCGGACCAUACCAUGUCGAUUAUCAUGGCUCUUAUCAACCAAGAGCAAGCAGCGGAACAUUACGCGGCUGCGGAGACUCAUAUGGCGGGUUUGAAGAAGAUAGUCGACCUCCGCGGUGGGCUGGAGAACAUUGAAGAUGGCAUUGUGGCUGUCAAGAUUUGUAGGACUGAUAUUCUCUUUGCCUUACAACAAGGUGGACAUCCACUGUUUUAUCGAGAUCAUAUGUGCCACAUACAUAAUAUCUUGACAUCUCGAGGGUUCUCUCUGGAGCGCAACUCAGAUGUAUACUCCCUCCGUCAUAACCGACUUGACUCAGCCCUCCAAGAAGUAUUAUUCGACACGAUGAGAUUGUGCAGACUGUUCAACAAGCACAUGGAUAAGAAGCCGCUCAAUCUGCUUGAGUUCCAAGAAGUCCUGGUAUCUAUCAGCUAUCGACUUCUGGGGUUUAGCACGAUGAAAGAAUCGAGACUCAAGGGGGAUAUUCAAUCCGCAUAUAACAUCGGGUUGUCACUAUUUAUGAUCUCGAUCUACUUUCAUAACAAGCAGGAUCGCAUGGCUAGACCGGGACUUAUCACAGCUCUUGCGAAGGAAGUCAUUGGAUCUAUGUUGGAUGAUCACGAAGAUGAGUUCACAUUAUGGCUUCUCAUAUUGGGGGGAAUAUCAGUUCCUGCAAAUGAUGGACGUGAGUGGAUGGUUGAGAAACUCCGAGACCAAGCUUCAAUGCUUGGCAUCAUGACUUGGGAACAAGCAAAGGAUAGUUUGGCCAGUUUUCCGUGGAUGAAUGCUAUCCACGACGAGCCAAGUCGGAAGUUAUGGGAUGAAGUCCGCUUGAGAGACGUGUAAUGAUGGAGUUAAUGCUCAAAUGAAAGAAACCCGUUAACUCCGUUCAGAUAUUAUUCAAGGUAAAUGUAACCAACCAAUGGGGUUUCUGAAAUAUGCCGAGAACCUUCUAACCAGAUGUGGUAGCAAGUCUCUUAUUGGCUCAGAUUAGACUAUAGUGGCGCCAGGAUCUCCAACUGACAUCUUGAGAUGGUUUCCGAAUCGGGUAGCAAGUCUUGUAUUGGUCAAUUUCGAGACCGAGGCUUGAGAGGAUUGUGAAUAUUCAGGGUCCUAACCGAGUUUUAUUUGAGCAUAAAUAGGCUGCUUUCCAUCGUCCAGAGAGAAUUAAACAACAAACUUCCAGGAACACAU